UUCAGUAAUGGCUGCCAAUGAUAAAUAUCAUUGUGCGUGGUAUUUUUCAUAGAAUUGUAUUUAUUUAUAUCAUUAAUUUCCACUUUAAACAGUAUUUACGAUAUUUAAUUUUUACUAAAGUUAAAAUCUUUUGUUUGCCGUUUUAGCUGUAUCCAUUAAACAUUAUUAGAAAAGUUAUUCUCAUAUGAAGUGUGCAUUGUGUCGUGUGUAAUUUAAUUCUCAAAAUGAGUAAGAUUAAUCCUUUGGCCGGUUUAAUUGGUAACUAUGGAGACUCUGAUGACGAUUCCGACGAUAAUGUGUCUCCAGUGAAGUCGAGAAAUGAUUCGAAAGUCAAGAAUUCAGCUAUACAAGGUCCUACUAUGGUUUCCCAAACAUCGGCGUCCAUUCACCCUGCACCCGUACCGUAUUGUCCAUGGUCAGCGUGCUACGACGAGAGCAGUGGCUUUACCUACUACUGGAACCAGCAAACAAAUGUGGUGACAUGGGAGGCGCCUCCGGAGUAUCUUCUUGCACUCAAGUUAGCACAACAGCACAUUAAUACUGCAGGGUCAGCCGAGGUAUCAGCAGAAGAAUGGCAACUGUACCAGCAGGCGUUAGCAGAGAAGCAAAGAGCACAGAGUAGAGGUGUAGCAAAAGGCCCAACUCCCAAAGUUAUGCCGAAAACUGAUACAACUACAAAUAAAGAGAAAAAUUCUAAAGCAAUAAAACGAAAGCUGUCUGUCAAUGAUGAUGAGAAAAUAGAGUUAAUAACUUCAUACCAUAACUCGGAUUCGGACUCCAAUGACGAAGAAAGUCCCGUCAAGAAACCACCAAUGCAACCUAGCAAGGUGUCAAAGAGUCAACCCAAGAAGCAGAAAUCUAAACCACAAGUGGUAGAGUAUGGACCAAGUUUACCCCCAAAUCAGAACUAUAUUGUUCCCAUCGGGCCUGAGCUUCCAUCGGAACUACCUUAUGAAAAUAAACAGAAGUCUCCUGAUAGUAAAGCCAGAAAGUCUCCAAUUACUGAUGAGGUCAAUAAAGCAAAACCAAACGAGUAUGAGAGUCAAGAUGAAAAGGCUUUAUUAAUUAAAUUGAAAGACAAAGCAAAAUUAUUGGAAAGACUUGGUGGCGAGAUACCGAGUGAACUCCAAAAAAUUAUUUCCGACGAAACAAAGUCUGUGUCCUCUCCGAAAUAUACAGAAGAAAAUAGCAGAGAUAGCAAAAGUACAGUGGACACGAAUAUAGAUGAUUUAUUGGAAGAAAUUGAGAAAAAAGAGUUGCCAAAAGUGAAGUCCAAGUCUGGAGCAAUUGAUAUUUUUGAUGCGGAUUCAUCUUCUCAAGUUAACAGUAGAAGAAAUUCGCCAAAGAGUGGCGAGUGUACACCCCCAUUAGAAGAAAUCAAACCGUUAUUCCCAAGUGCUAAAGCUAUAGCUGCAGAAAUUACACCCUUAUUUCCUAGUGCUGUGAAUAUACAAGAGAAUGGAGUCGAGAAAGAAGUGAAACCAGAUAGCCCAGUGCCAACUGAAAAGAAAUCGACAAAUCUGUAUUUGAUGGAUUCAAAUGAACCAAUCGAAAAUACGAGUAGAAAGAAAUUAAGAAUCUCAAACUCAGUACUUCCAGAACGCAAAAAAACAGUCGUUUCUGAAACUCCCGCGUACACAACAAAAUAUUCAGAAUAUAUUGAAGGAUUUUCAAACGAGAGGACUGGCUUGGGAUUUAGUAAAGAGGAAGAAAGUGAAAAUAGUACAAAGAGUACAAUCAGUUAUGGCAAUGGCUUGGUAUUCACGAAAGGGGAGACAUUGAAUGAGGACAAGAAAGAUGAUGACCUGGAUGAUCUGACGGAGCUGGUGGAGGCUAAGCUCAAAUACUUGAAUCAAGUGCAGCCCGGUCAGGUGACUCCAGUGCAAGAAAUGUUGAUACAAAUGCAGACGCUGGCGCCGGCGUUCCGCGCGGGGGCGCUGGCGGCGGCGUACUGGCGGCGCUGGGCGCGCGGCGCGGCGGCCGCGCUGGCGGCGCUGGAGGCGGGCGCCGCGCCGCCCGGCUGGACCUGCUGCUUCCUGAGGUCUGAGGGUCGCUACCGCUACCGGCGCGAGGCAGACGGUCUGGUGCAAUGGGAAUACCCGGCUACCGCCAAUAUGGACAUGGAGAUUUGCACUACGCCGCCACAUCCCGGACCAGAGGAGGAGCCGCCGCUGCCGCAGACGCCGCCUCCGCCGCCGCCGCCCGCGUGGCCCGACCCGCCGCCGCCGGGCUGCGACGAGCUGCCGCCGCCGCCGCCUCCGCUGCCGCCUCCGCCGCCGCCUGAUUCGAAACAAGAGAUGGGCGACGAAUUACAGUCAUUUUACAACGAUAUAGCGGAAUUGGAGAAAGCGCCAGUGCAUCCGAAAACGCCACCACCACCGCCACUACCGCCGCUACCGCCUGCUGAAAGAGAUAAGGACAGAGAGAGGGAAAAGGAGAGGGAGAGAGACAAGGACAGAAAUAAGGAUAAGGACUCAAAGGUUGUUAAGAAGAAAUCAAAGGUCAAAAUAUCGUCUUCAAUAGGAAUGAAACACAAGUCCGUGUCGAGUUUAGUGGCGAAAUGGCAACAAGUAGCCGAAGAAAUCAACUCGGACUAGCGUACGAAAUAGUCAUAGAAUAACACAUUUGUACUUUACCAUAGACAAAAAGGAAACGGCUGGAAAUUUAUGAACGGAAGGAAACUAUUGUUUCCUUUCAAAGAAUGAUAAAGAUUAACAAUAUGUAAUACUUGUUUAUAUUUAUUGUUUUGUUUAAAAUAAUAAAAAACAUGUUAUUUAUUGUACAAGCAAGCGAAGUUACGAGUACAUUUUUGUACAAGUCACAAAUUGUAUAGGAUUUGAAAUUAUGUGCUUUAUUAUUAUGUAAGAUAAGUUGUAAAUAUUUAGCCUUUUAUAAUAAAGAUCUCGCAAU